UCCACUAAACCCUCAACGAUGAAGCUGAGCGGAGAAAAAGCUGAAAAUUUAAUGAUACAUUUAAGUUUGGGGGAUUGAAAACUUUUCAUGGGUCAUCUUCUAUAUUUAAAAUUUGCUGAUUGAUUCCAUCAGUGAAUUGAUGCCAUAGAUCAGGCCGGUAUUGGAAAGGUUCUUGUGUAAACCAAGAACCACUUGUUGGUUCAAACUGUCAUCAUUAUAUCUGCUAAACAUAUCUCCUAUAAAAGAUUUCGUAGAAGAAAUGUCAAGCCAUCGCUUAUACAAGACCGACCAAGAACCCGGAAAACAAAGCCUAAGUGAGGCUUUUAAGACAAUAUUAGAACAGACCUGCGUUCAAGAAUUAGACCGAGGAGAGACAUACUUCAAUCGAGCGAGUGUCAAGGCAUCGCAGGAUAAAAUAGCCGACGAAUCGUUAAGCAACAACGCGUUGUAUGACCAUGCAAGAUUUCAUCAACACAGAAAACUUUAUGGAAGGAAAAAGUCACGUGCUUACAUGCUAAGUGCGGCUAUAGUUCAAGGUCUAGACAUCAGUGAAAUCAAGAAGUUUGGUAUUUCUGAUGAUGUGAAUAUCCCUGAUGAGUACGGCAAGACCCCCCUACACUGUGCGGCUACGUCACAAAACAACGAGGCAGUGUCUUUUCUACUCGAUCGCAAGGUUAAUGUUAAUGUACUGGAUGAUCGAGGAGAAACACCGUUACACGCCGCAGUGAGAACAGGGAACGUGGCUCUCGUUAAUAUGUUGUUGCAGUCUCCUAAGAUUGAUGUCAAUCUUUGUGGAUCAUUAUCCAAAACAACACCACUACACCUCGUGACGCAGAUCGAACACCCGAACAAUACAACCAUCUGCAAACUACUGAUUAUCCACGACGCCGAUGUUUUUCUUCGUGAUAGUCAUAACAAAUUAGCUAUUGCGUACGCUGCGCAGAUGGGGAACCACGAUAUCAUGAAAUGUUUUUUAAAGAAUGUCCCAGCAGCAGGCGAGAAUAUGGACAAACUCUUGUACAAUGUGGAUGACGCUGAAAGCUCUUUGCUGCACCUGGCAGUCAGUAGUCGCAGUCUGCAGGCUGUACAACUGUGUAUGGAAAACGGAGCACAAGUGCACAAAAUUAAGCCCUCAGAUGGUAAAACCGCUGUUCACCUGGCCUGUGCUCUUGGUCCGGUUGAAAUGCUAACAAUGAUUCUUAAAUCAUGCUCAUACAUCUAUGACUAUUCUAUGGCUGAUAAGAAUGGACUGACUUGUCUUCAUAUAGCAGCAAAAUACGAUCAAGCAGACAUCAUUGCACUUCUUCUUAACCAGCAAAUAGAUAUCAAUAUUCUGGACCGAAACGGGAAGACGCCAUUAAUGUGGGCUGUGUCACGCGGUUGUAACGAAGCCACUGAAGUGCUUCUGAGGAACGGCGCUGACCUGAGCCUGCUUGAUAAACGUGACAGGACGGUUAUCCAUCUGGCUAUUGGGAACCACAUGACUUUAAAGCUGUUGUUAAAGCAUAAAAUCGAUCUUCUCAAGCACAAAGACAAAACAGGAUUAACAGUUUUGCAUUACGCUGCAAAAGGAGGAUAUCCCUUGGAUGUAGAACUCAUUUUGUCCAAGCAAAACUCUCUGGCAGGAGUGCAGAAUGUUAACGAAGAGACACCGCUACAUUUAGCCGUCAGCCAUGGUUGGAUUAAUAUAGUCCAGUUAUUACUUGAUGGUGAGAAUUCGCACAUGGUAAACACUCUGGAUAAGAACGAAAGAACGCCGUUACACCUUGCUGCUAAGAACAGUCACGCUGAUAUUGUUGAGUUUCUACUUCAAAAUGGCGCAAGUUUACAACGUGAUAGUCAUGGACAAACGCCUCUCCAUCUAGCAGCCAAAGGAGGAUCACUUCACAUCGUUGAACGAAUACUUGCUGAUAACUUGUUCUGCUUGAACUUAACUGACAAGAACAAGGAGACUGCGUUACACUUGGCUGUUCAAGCUGGUCACGCUAAUGUAGUAGAGUAUUUCAUAUCCAAUAAAGAGCAAGAGCUGACCGAAAAUACUUUGAAUAAAAACGUACUGGACAUGGCUAUAGAGAACAAUCAAAAACACAUUGCUAUGGUAUUAGCCAGCAAUAGAAGGUGGCAAGAGAUGUUUAAGCCUCCUGCUAAAGGCUGUCCCAGUCAAAUGGCGCUGUUGAUAGAAAAGAUGCCAGAAGUAGCGAAGCGUUUUCUUGACCGUUGCAUCACCAARGAAGGAAGAAAGGAUAAUCCUGACUAUAAGAUAACGUACGACUUACACUACCUGCAAGGCAUGCCGGACUAUGAACGAUGUAAACCGAAGAAUUCCCUCAAACCUCUUUACGCGAUGGUGAAAAAUAAGAGGCUCAACUGUUUACAGCACCCCACGAGCCUAUCACUCAUUAACGUUAAAUGGUACAAGUACGGCCUGGCAUUGGUUUUACUCAACCAGAUAUUAUCAGUAUUAUAUUUAUGUAUCGUAAUUGGGUUAGUUUCUAUGCUGACUGACAAUCCCUGCUUCAAAGCCGCUGAUAAGGUUCAGUGUACCAACGCAACAAAUAGCUGGGACCUUGAAGGAGAUCCCUCUUGGCCAAAACGUCCUGCUAUCAAAUUAUACAUACAUCUAAAGAUUGCCUUGAUAGUACUAAGUGUGAUCAAACUGAUCAAGCAAUUCAUCGAAAUUUACAAUCAGGGCUGGGGUUAUUUGACAAAGAUCAGUUAUCUUCUAGACCUCGCUCUCUGCAUCACCAUGAUGAUUUUCCUUCUUCCUGAAAACUGUAGCAGGUGUUUUGGCGCAGGCGCAGUGGCUGCUUGCUUGGCUUGGUUCAGCUUGAUGUCUAGAAUAGCAAGGGUAUCUUUCAUGGGUGUUUACUUGAUGAUGCUAGAGAAAAUCAUCUUCACCGUUAUAAGAGUUUUUGUUCUUCUCUUCUUUUUCCUCCUGUGCUUUGCGUUUUCUUUCUACGUCCUUGAUUUUCAGCAGGUGUUGUUUGACAAUCUUUCCCAGUCUCUAACGACCACGUUCGUGAUGCUGAUGGGAGAAGUCAAUUAUUCAGUCAUCUUCCUGGAGGAUGACAAUCUGUAUCAUCCGUUUCUCUUGUACCCAGUCUUCAUUCUGUUCUGUCUGGGAAUGCCUAUCAUUUUUCUUAAUUUAUUAGGAGACUCAGCAACGGAUUACUCAGCUAUUAACAGUGCUAUUCCCUCUGCUCUUUAUUUGAAGGUAGAGCAGUUGUAUAACAUCGAACAAAUGUUUCCUCGGUUCAUAGUCAAACACUGGCAGGUCAAAACACAUGUAGAAUACCCAAACAGACCCAAGACUCUUGCACGACAGAUAUAUGACAUCAUAGCAGGAACUCUAACGACUGUUGGCUACGAGGAACAUGAAAUGGUUAACGAAGUCGAGAAAACGAUUGAAGAACAAGAACAUAGGCUUAAAUCUAUUUCGAAGAAGCUAGGAAUUCAAUCAGGACAGCUUGAAUUGAUGCAAGAGUACAUGGCAAGAAUCGCAGAAAAAAUCAUUGGUUCUAAGCCUGGUUUUGAAGAUGAUAUUGUAAAUGACCAAUCAGAGGCUUGAGCUAGCUACAAACCACAGACCCCAUAUACGAAGGAGUGAACGCUGUUUGUUUUUCUGUUGAAAUUGAAGAUGGUUCAGUCCCAAAAUUCAAUGCGUGAUGAAUUCAUUUUCAGUCUCCAUUUCAUGAGUAAUAGACCCUUUAUCUUGGGCUUAAUGGUUUCCCAUACUAGACACGUGUCAUUCUUUUACUGAAUAAGAUUAAUAUUUGUUCCGAGUUGUAUGUUAUAUUCAUAUGUUUCCUCAUGCCCAACUGUUUAAAACAAAGAAAUUAUACUCUAGGGAAUGACGCUUGGUCUCAAAUGGUAAAACAUUAUGCCCAAGUAAAGAGGUCUAUUGCUUUUCUGUUAGACAUUGAACAUGGUAUUACUCUCAUGAAUUCGAUGCGGUUCGAUAUUGGCUGAAAAAAAAUAAAAAACAAUUUAUCAAGAAACCUUCAGUUUGAAAAUAUCGUAAUUGUUUUAUUUGAUUCGCUACAUAUUUGACUCACUCAAAUUAAUAUAUUUAAGCAAGAUCUAUUUAUUGCACAAAAGAAUGCUUGUAAAAACUAAUAUUGUUUAUAAAGACUGAUUCCAUAAGUCGGUAUGUUCGCUCUUUUGUCGAUUCUGGAGCGAAAACUACGAGUCAUGCAUUCAGUCUAGUGCGGAUUACCUUGAUGUAUUUCAAAUAUUUUUCAUACAAAAAAAAAACUCCAUAUUCAACGCUAGCUUGCUUAUUUACUGGUCACAAGGGAAACGGUGUGUUUCGUGGUCCCGAGACGACGAUGAAACCAUCGCCGUCGACGAGGGACCAAUAAACCGAGGUUCGAGUUAAAAAGUGUUUGUUAUAUACCAAGUGCCAAAGAACACAAAACAAUUUAUUUGGUUUUUGAUUAUUUGAUCUUAAAACUUAGAAAUCUUACAUUUCUGUUGAAACAGUAAUUGCAAAUUUGAUGCUUAUCACGUGGCACCCUCUUCACCAAUGAUAAGAGAGAGAAUAUGAAUUUUGACGCUUGAUGAUGACAACUAUUUUUCGUUCUCAUUUGUAUUGUUCUGUCGCAAGCCGACGAAACUUUAGCUUGAUAAAUGUAUCAUCUGCAGAAUACACUAUAGUUAUCAUGUCAAGCUCACAAACUAUUAGGGAUUAACUAAAAAGUCAUUAACAAAUAGUCCUCCUUGGCUCGGGCGCAAUGUUUUCGCCGGCAUUUCAAACCACAUGUCAUUACCUUAAGAAUAAGAUUAUUUGUUAGUGUCGUAUCCAAUCAUGAAAUCUGUCUUCUCAUGUGCAACCGAGUGCAGCCGUUAAACAAAUAAAUGAUUCUCUAGGGAAUGACACGUGCUAUGAAAUGGGAAAAUAUUACGCCUGAACCGAGGAGGUCUGAGGAGAGAGAAUUAGCAAAUGUAUUAUGGCACUCAAAUUCUAUCCUCGAUGCAAAAACAUAUAGAAAAUGUCGAAAACAAUGAAAAAGGAUCAAUAUUUAACAGAAAUAAAGAUGGUAUAAAAUUGCAAA